GGGCUGGGCCCGGGUGUCCUGCCUUGGAUCUGACCCAGUGGGGAAGCCCACACUGGCCCGGGGCCCACGGUUAAUUGUCCAGCCCCAGCCCUACCCACGUGGGCCCACCCUGAAGGAGAGUGCUGGGCAGGACAUGGGUAAGACAAGGACCUGGGAGCUAUACCAGCAGAGGGGUCACUUUCUGUGCUGGAAUAGCAGCGAUGGCAGUGAAGGGGUGCGACUUCGGGAAGGUCAGGUGUGCUCUGUAGGCCGGCCCCGUGCAUGCUUGGGGGUCACUCCAGGGCCUGCGGGAGCACCUGCAAUGCAGUGAGGACCAAUACCUUGGCGUCUUGGCUCCCCCAGCCCCCUCUGGGACCGGUGUGGGAGGCAGUGGGCGUCGGGGGCCCAGCCACCGGGGCUAGCACAGGACUGCUCACACGCCUGAGUCCUGAGCUGCUCAGGCCAGUGACCUUGGGCCAAGGCAGGCAACUGUGCUGUUGGAUCACGCCACACAGGUGAGUCUGCUUGGUAUCGGAGACCGAGGGGAGGGUGCGGCUCAGACCAGGGGCCCUGCGGACCUAGGCUGACUCGGGCCCUGACUGCAGUGGCGCGGGGCACCUCCAAAUCCUACCCUGUCUCUGGACCCCCACGCCCGCGCAACCGGCGAGUCAGCCUCCCGCUCCGGCAUCCGAGAAGGCGUGCGUGUCGCUGGUGACCUUCCCGGAGCGGCUGGGACGGGCCCCCACGAGUUCCCGCCCCGCCCGCGCGCCUCUAUUGGCUGAGGCCCGGCUGCCCUUUGGAACCCCCCGGCUCCCAUUGGCUCCUGCGGCCCCUCCCCAAAAGCCCCGGCCACCGCCCGCGCGGGAGCUGCGCGUGCGCAAAGCGUGUGUACGAGCGCUGAGAGACGCGCCACUCCGUGUGCCUCCGCGGCUCUACUACGGCGAGUUAGUCCCGGGAGGCUGGCCGCGCCCCCCGCCAUCGGACCUCAUCGACCCCGGGAUAUGGCGCCCAGCCUAGCUCCGCAAUCGCCGCGGCUCCUUUCGCGGGUUCCCGGAGGCAUCCCUGCCGUUUGGAACUCGGCAGAGGGGGGCGGGGUUUUUCGCUCGCCCCGCCCCCGCGGAGGGAUACGGGCGGCCGCGGCCCAAAAGUCCGGGUCGAGACGGCCGGGGCGUGUGAGCCACUUGGCCUGCCGCGCGUCCACGAGGUUCACGAAGGCUUGACCGGGGCCACUUUGCCGCGCGACGGCCUCGUCCGCGCGAGUCUCAUCACUCCAAGGGUCAGUGCUCCCGCGAGCCCGCCCACCCGCUCCCGCCGCCGUCGGGGGCUCAGGGCUCCGCGCGGCCCGGGGUGGCCGCCCUCCCGCGUCCGCAGCCGCGCGGGGAGCCGAGCCCGGCGACAGGCGGUGCAGAGCCCGCGCCCCGCCGCCGCCCGCGAUGCUGCUCUCCAAGUUUGGCUCGCUGGCGCACCUCUGCGGGCCGGGCGGCGUGGACCACCUCCCGGUGAAGAUCCUGCAGCCGGCCAAGGCGGACAAGGAGAGUUUUGAGAAGGUGUACCAGGUGGGCGCCGUUCUGGGCAGCGGCGGCUUCGGCACGGUCUACGCGGGCAGCCGCAUCGCCGACGGGCUCCCGGUGGCCGUGAAGCACGUGGUGAAGGAGCGGGUGACCGAAUGGGGCAGCAUCGGCGGUGCGGCCGUGCCCCUCGAAGUGGUGCUGCUGCGGAAGGUGGGCGCGGCGGGUGGCGCGCGCGGCGUUAUCCGCCUGCUGGACUGGUUCGAGCGGCCCGACGGCUUCUUGCUGGUGCUCGAGCGGCCCGAGCCGGCCCAGGACCUCUUCGACUUCAUCACGGAGCGCGGCGCCCUGGACGAGCCCCUGGCGCGCCGCUUCUUCGCGCAGGUGUUGGCCGCGGUGCGCCACUGCCACGCCUGCGGGGUGGUGCACCGCGACAUCAAGGACGAGAACCUGCUGGUGGACCUGCGCUCGGGGGAACUUAAGCUCAUCGACUUCGGCUCCGGCGCGCUGCUCAAGGACACCGUGUACACGGAUUUCGACGGCACCCGGGUGUACAGCCCCCCGGAGUGGAUCCGCUACCACCGCUACCACGGGCGCUCCGCCACCGUCUGGUCUCUGGGCGUGCUGCUCUAUGACAUGGUGUGCGGGGACAUCCCCUUCGAGCAGGACGAGGAGAUUCUGCGGGGCCGCCUCUUCUUCCGGAGGAGGGUCUCCCCAGAGUGCCAGCAGCUCAUUCAGUGGUGCCUGUCCCUGCGGCCCUCGGAGCGGCCCACGCUGGACCAAAUCUCCACCCACCCCUGGAUGCUGGGGGCAGACGGGGGCCCCUCAGAGAACUGUGACCUUCGUCUCUGCUCCCUGGACGCGGACGACGGGGCCAGCACCACCUCCAGCAGCGAGAGCUUGUGAGGAGCGACCUGCGCCUGCCCCAGCCUUCGAGGGACCUCUCCCGCCAGGGCCGCCUGCUCCUUGAGAAGGCAGUGACCUCUGACCCCGGGUGACCUUCACUUUUGGCACCGGGCCCCUCCCUUUGCUUUGAGUGCCUUUUCGAACGCUGCUCUCACAGGACUUGGUUCUCUCGAGCUCUGUCUGUCCAAAGACCUCGGCCGAGGCCAGGCCCCGCCUGCCUGGGGCGGGGCCUGACGCCGAGACCGCCCCUGUCCUGUGCUUCCGCAGGGCGGCCCUGUGGGCACCCAGCACCUCCUCACCUGACCAAGUUGGACCAAGAGCACUUGCGUCCUGUGGCCUCCUCUCGCCGGGGCACAGGGUCCCCGUGUCCGCCCCCGCGCCUGCCCGCAUCCCUCCGUGUGCGUCUGGGCACGUCUGCACAAGCAAUGCAACGGUCAGGCCCCGCCCACACCGGCGCGCCGCCUGUGUGCGCACCUGUGAGCCCAAGAAUGUCUAUUUAUGGUGUGACCCCCGCAGAGAUCUAUUUAUUGUUUAAUUUAUUUGUGGGGGGCCCUCCUGGGCAGUCCCGCUCCUCCAGGCCCCGGGGCAGGGGGGCGGUGGCCAAGCGGGGGCCUCGGCCUGACCCAACCCGCACCCGUGGAGGGGCGGGCUUGCGCCACCGAUGGCUCAUGGAAGGGGGGUGACCCCCCCAGGGGUGGGCUUUAAAUUAUUGACCUUGUACAGUCGCUUGUUGGCUCUGGAAGUUGGGGGUGGGGGGCAGAGUCUCAAGUCGUUAAUUUAUUUUAGUAGCCGUGUUUGUGGUCCUGGUGUGCAGGCAUCAGGGGCGGGGUUCUUUCAGUUCAAAAGCGAGAUGUCUGCAGAUCCUAUUUUUUAUACGGGGAUUUCGAUUAAAUUGUUUUGUAUGUAACAA